AUGGAGAUCGAUAAACCCGCCGCGGAUGCCGCCGCGAAUGCCGCAGGUUUCAGCGGCUCGUCGCCCGCUUCUGACGGCGAGCAGCAUCGACGAGGCAUUCCCGUGGCGCAAUUCGUUGCUGACGUGGAGGCGUUUUUGGCGGGCAGAGAAGCGCCAGCUCGCUCUCCGCCGCUCUCUCCUCCGCUCCCCUCCGCUCUCCCCCGCUCUCCUCCGCUCUCCUCCGCUCUCCUCUGCUCUCCUUCGCUCUCAUCCCCUCUCCUCCCCUCUCCUCCCCUCUCCUCCCCUCUCCUCCCCUCUCCUUCGCUCUCCUCUCUCCGCCGCUCUCCGCCGCUCUCCUCCGUCGUUCCAUGGAUGCAGCAAUACAAGCUGUUGGAAAUCAAGCUGCUCACCCAGAAGAGAGACCUGCAGUCGAAGCUGCCAGACAUAAAGAAGAGCCAGGAGAUUGUGCAGACGCUGGUGAAGAAACGGGAAGAAAAGCAGCAAGUGCGUUUGGACUAUGUCUUAGCCGAUGGCGUGUUCGCCCGAGCAGACGUGAAGGAUGCAGACUCGGUGUGCCUGUGGCUGGGGGCGAAUGUCAUGGUGGAAUACCCCUUUGAUGAGGCUCUGGCUCUGCUGGCGCGCAAUGAGGAGAAUGCCACAAGCAGCCUUGCAAACAUCGAUGGUGACCUGCUGUUCGUGCGAGAUCAAAUCAACAUUACUGAGGUGACUGUAGCGAGGGUGCACAAUUGGGACGUUCAGCGCAGAAGAGCAGCCGGGGCUGGAAGCAGCACCAGUGCCUUGAGGGAGGAGAUUGCUGCCUGA